CGAGACUGUUGCAGACACUAUAACUCAUUUCCGGCAUCGAAAACGAUAUUAAUAUUUUUGCAACUAUGUUUUUCAAUGUAUUUGUAUUUGUAACGACUUGAAAUGUCAAAUUCAAAUGGUUUUCGUGUCCAGGUCACUGUUGAAUUGGGCCAUCAUGCAUCGACAAGGAAGAAGCCGACUCAAGAAGGGUUUACCCAUGACUGGACUGUGUUUGUUCGAGGCCCAGAUGGCAGCAAGAUUCAUUAUUUUAUUGAAAAAGUUGUCUUCCACUUGCAUGAAACCUUUGCCAAAGCAAAACGAGUGGUGAAGGAGCCGCCAUACAGUGUGUCCGAGUCUGGCUACGCGGGAUUCAUUAUAAACAUCGACAUCUACUUCAAGAACAAGGAGAACCCGAAGAAAAUAAGCAUCAACUAUGACCUGUUCCUGCCUGCUGAGGGAUUCGAUCCCAUCAACCACACGCACUGUGAAAAACUCACCUUUCAGAAUCCAACCGAGGAGUUCAGGUCGAAACUUCUAAAAGCUGGUGGGGUGGAAUAUCCUAUAGGUAGUGCACCACCAAACCAGCCCUUCACAGACCUGUUUGGUCCUCCCAUUAUCUCGGAUGGCAAGAAGAUUCCGAGCCAGUCUGGUAAACAUCCUGAAACAAAUCUCCAAAUUCAAUGCCUGGAAAAGGAUAAGGGUUCCAAAUACAAGACCUCAUCAACUCCUGAUGUGUUAAAGUCAUCAACAUCUCAUUCAACCCUCUCCGUUGCCCCCGGGCCUCCACCCAUUGCAUCGAAGGAUAUCAAGCCACUGAAGGACAAAUCGUCUGGCAAAGAAGUGGCAGCUCAAAAACGAAUGUUAAAAUCUUCACCCGAGCAGUCAUCAGGUAAGAAGUUAAAGAGAGACAACUCUGCAGAAUCAAAAGACAAGGAGAAACGUAAAUCACAGAAAGAGAAAAAACAUUCCGACACGACCGAUUCAAAGACAUCGUCUACAGUGAAAUCCGAAUCCUCGCGGAGCAAGUCGAAAGACAAAUCCGAACAUGUGAAAAUGAAAGAAGGAAGCAAAAAGCACAGAUCUGACAAAAUUCAGUCGGGUGACUCCAAACCAUCAAACCACAGCUCAAGCAAGUCUCUUGGUGAUGUCAAGAAAAAACCUGAAAAGCCUUCCCCAUUGCAGGACAGUCCAAAAACUGAUUCUAGUAAGUCUUCUGACAGUUUAAAAAGGAAAGUCGAUAAGGUUUCACCUCUGCAGGAUAGUCCUCUAACAAAAGACUCCAGCAAGUAUAUGGGUGAUGUGAAGAGAAAACCUGAAAAGUUGUCACCAUUACAGGAUAGUUCCGAUGCAGACAGUAGUGAUUCUGAUUCUCUGCCCAGUUCAAAAGCUGUCUCAAGUUCGUGUAGUUCCCCGCUGUCCUCGCUGUCGGAGGAUGAUGAGGAUGUCCAGAUGGUCAUGUCUAUCAUAGCCGAGGACUCGGACGCGUCUCUAGGGAGUCCCGAUGUGUCGAGAAAACAUCAGGCAGAUUCCGAACCGAAGGAUCGCAAACCUCCAGUGAUCAAAAGUGAAUCCAAACCAUCCAAGUCGCAACACAGCUCACAUACAUCUGCUGUCAAUUCCAAGAAAAGUUCUCAGUCCAAAUCCAGUGCUAAACCAGAAAUGUCUUCUAAGACGGACUCCUCAAAAAGUGAAUCCUCAAAAAGUGAAUCCUCAUCCAAGUCAUUGGAGUCUUCAAAAACGGGAACCAAGUCAGAUGUUUCAAAACCAAAAGAUUCAAAAGAUACGAAACACAAGAAAGAGAAAUUACCAACCACUCCUUCGAAAACAUCGUCUAAAACAAAGGAUGUGAAAGAUUCUAAACCACAAACUGAGUCAAAGUCUGUGAAAUGUGUGAAUGGAAAUAUUCCCGAGAAAGCUCCCAAUGGAGAAAAGAUUGUGAAUCUGCUCGAGAUGCAGAGGACGAUUAUGAAGCUGAGCGAUCGGAAGGUUCUUCAGCAGGUGGCCAAUCUCAUUUCAAAAACGGGGAUGUUUGACAUCACCGAGGAAACAUUCGACUUUGAUCUGUGUAAACUGGACAUUGGCACGGUGAAUAAGAUCAGAAAUGCAAUUGCUCAGAAUUCUUAAAUAUUUUGUUAGUGCUAUUCAAUAAGUUUGGAUGGUUUGUAUCACCAGCUAAACGUUGGUCAGAGAAAGCAGUUUUGGAUUCUGUUGGACCUUGUCUUUUAGUUCAUUAUGUCAUACUGGUCUGACAAAGGAAAUACCGUAAACACUUGAUCACUGCUCAGAAUCCGAUCAUGAAUAUAUAAAAAAAAAAGAGAAGAAGCUGGGGUCUUGAAUACAAGUGCAUCAACCACAUCAGUAUAUACCAGGGCCCAUUUCACGAAACAUCGUAAGUUACGUCUGCUACUAGCAGUUAUGCCGGCCGUGCGUUUACACUUGUUUUUGGCAUCAAUUUCACGUAGAAAAUUACAUCAUUACGGAAGCUGGAGUAUUUUAAAGACAAAAGAAAAUGAAAUAUGUGCUCUUGUAACUAUAUUUGUUGAACUAUAAUAGUAAUAAGAAUCGUAGAUUUACGUUUACGUGCAAAACGUAACUUACAAUGUUUAGUGAAAUAGGCUCCAGACCUUCAGAUUUCACGGAAACAAUCGUUUCCAGUACCGUGUCGGUAGCAGGGCUAACUCUGGCACUCGCCAAAUUCACCAGUUGCGAAUUCUGAGAGUAGUUGGCAAAUUUUAUUUUAGUUUGGCAAAAUAAUUUCAUGUAAUAAUUUUUAUUUUUUUUGAAAAUAACUGUCUGCAAUUUUUAUCAGUUUGAUAGACAAUUUGGCAAAUUGUUUUUACUCACCCAGAGCUAGCCCUGCAGGAGCGUGUCGGUCAAUUUCCAGUACUGUGUCGGUCAAUUUCCAGUACUGUGUCGGUCAAUUUCCAGUACUGUGUCGGUCAGUUUCCAGUACUGUGUCGGUAGCAUGUAGGUAAAAUCACGGAACCAAACUCUUUUUUCCCCAUGAUUAUUAUAUCGAGUACAAGUCUACGACUAUUCAACAAAAAUAAUAUAAUAUUAAUAUUUAUUAAUUAAAAAAAAAACCCAGUUUCUGAUGGGUUCCCAUGAUCACAAGACACAGAACCGGAAAAGUGUUUCUCAUGAAAUUUGAAAUCCUAUGGCCUGUAUACAACUGUUGUUAUUUUCAUUACACCAGCAUAUCCUAAAUAACUGAACUUGGGGUCAUGAAUAAUACAUACAUGUACCUGGUUAAGUCGUGUACCUGCUUCAGUCAUGUAUCUGAAAAAAAAUCAAAGCCCACAGCUUCUUAUGAAGUAAUUACGGUAUCUAUUUACCGGGUAUACCUGUUGAAGAUUAGACCAGUCUUGUUAAAAUAUUGUUAGUUGUGUAAUCCAACCAAUUACCAAAAAAGCAUUAUCAUCUUUUCUCUUUUUUUUUCUCAUACAGUAAAAUCCGAUCUUCAGGCAUGUGUGCAGGUAUUUUAGCAGGGGGCGGUCUAGACUGGUGAGCUAGGUUUAUAAGGGGGUUGAGAUAUGCUCCCUUGGAAAAUGUAUUGAGAAAAAAGAAAAUUUGCAUGUGGAGGAGGAGAAUUCAGCCCCCAGAAUCUCCCUGCUCAUGCACCUGAUCUUUCUGUCGCAUUACCUUUCUCCAGUAGUAGAACACAUUGCCUUUCUCCAGUAGUAGAAGCUAAAAAGUUACACCAUAUUGUGACCAGAUGACCUUCCAUUGUGUAGACAUUUUACACAAAAAUAGUUUUAUUAAAUUAUUUUAUCCAAUGAUGGUAAAACAUUCACUUUGAUAGGUUGCAUUUGAACUGGUGCAUGAUACAAAAAGUAAUGUCAAACAAAUACUAUACCAAUAAAAACAACUCAAAAUCUACAGUGAACUCCUUAUGCAUACCAGGUACAUGUACUUAAUGAUGAUAAAUGUGUAUGUUGUCCUGCAUACUGUUUCUGCUACUUGUAUAUCACUUAAAAAAUUGGGGGGGGGGGGGGGUAAUUAAAUUUUUUUUAAUGAAUCACCCAAUAUAUGAAAUGAUACAGUUGAGUUUUAGCAAAUAUCUGGGGUUUUUUUUUUUUUUUUUUUAAAUUGUCUCUCUGCAGUGUCAGUCAUAAUUGUUAGAUCUAACAGUAACAUGGGUCUACUCCAUUUUUCAUUUUGGCUUGUUGUAAUUUUUAACGAGUGGCAUUCAAAGCACUUCACCUUAAUUUAUGGUGUCAGAGAGAAUGGAAUAUACUGAAAAUAGCUGAAUAUUACAAUCUGAACUUCUUGACUGUCGCAUAUUGUGAUUGGCCUAUGGUUUCCAAUAGACCAAUGAUUUGCUGCGUAACAAGUUGACAAAUAGUUUGCCUUUUGAAAAAAUGGCGUCCCGUGUUGUUACAGUGUCCCCCAAACCCCCAACUGGAAAGCCAUCUCUCAGUCCGCAUUAAUAUCACUAUGUUCGAGUAAAAUCAGGGUUUUUUAGGUAGGGUGUACAGUCAUGUCUGGUUUAUUGAUGCACAACACAAAUGCAGCUAUGUGUAAUUUUAAGAAACUUGUGUGUGAUUGUAAAUCAUUAUCAUCAUUCAACACACAUGUAGUACACAUGUAUCUCAUUGCCAUUUUCCAAUGCAUUGUUUAACUACACAGUACAGAGAACAUUCAUUUCAAAGUAUUUAUUGCUAACCUGUAUCUUUAUGUAACAGUCUACAUAAAAGGAAAGUUGGCCCAUGAAGGUACAUGUACAUGUAAAAUGGAAAGCUGGUCCAUCCAGGUAAAAUAUAAAUUGGGCAAUUUACUCUAAAUGCUUACCGGUUCUAUACAUAUUAAAAUAGACUCAAGAUUACAGCUUUAGGACAUGCAAAAAAGGCAGUCAUUUUUUAUCCAUCAUUAAAUAAUUUAUUUCUUAACCUACGACUUAUGAUACCCUCUACAUGUCACUCACCCGUUUUGCUCCCUCUCCCACCCAAAGACAGUAGAUGGCUAUGGAAGUUGGUCCAGUAGUUGAUAUAUUGGUAGAAAGAUAUAAGAGAACACAUAAUAAUAACAGCAAAUAAUUACCAACUGCAACCAAACCCUCCUCCAUGUAAGUUGACCGUGUUACUGAAUUCGAUCUAACAUUGCAUCUCUCUCUUUUAUUUAAGAAUUGACUGCAAUUAUUUUUUGGUUCAUGCAAAUAUAAUCCGAAAAAACUAUACUGUAUGACUCUGUGUCAUAUAAUAGUGUGCAUAUUGUUUUUUUGGUUCGUACUUCCAUGAACCCAAAACUAAUUGCGGUCAAAUCUUAAAAUAAAAUUUAUAUGCAUACUUUAAUACAUGACUGAAUUUGUUUUGUUUAGCUUUAAAUACACCUGUAUUAUUGUUUACAAAUGUAAACUUCAUUGAUACUUAUGUCACGUAAGAAUGCAGACAUUCAUUCAUUAUAUUUGAAUUAGGUCAUUACCAUAUGACAUCAUUUGCGGGGGGUGGGGGGGGGGGGGGUGAGGUUAGGCGUGGUUUAACCUUUUUUGGUUCAUCGAGAUAUGAAUGUCAAAAUGUAAGUGCCUCUCGACCAGUCAGAAUGCAGAGAAAAUUUAAUUUUCCAGAUCUUCUGUAUAACUACUCUGUAGUGAAUAAAAAGUUGUCUCAUUAAAUGCCAUGUUUCCCCUCAUUUCUUUCCAUCAGUAUACAUGUAUUUGUGCUGCAAUAUCCUUAUCCACCUGGACCCCGUUCCACAAAGCGAUCUUAGCCCUAAGAUUACCUUAGGUGCAUAGCUACCCUAUGCAGUUAAGUUGAUCUUAGGGCUAAGAUCACUUCCUGGAACUGGGCCCUGGACUGCAAUUAUUAUAGCGUUUUUACUUUUUGUCAUAAAGGAAAAGAUAAAUUGAUUGGCAAAAAUGUUUUUAUAAAUUAUGUAAUUGUUUUGGGGUUUUUUGUUAAUGAAUAUCCACCAGUGUUUCGUAAUAUAAAUCUUGUUAGUGUUUUUAUAUCUGUUGUUAAGUACAAAUGGUGUGUGUACUUGUUACACAAGAUUAUUUUAAUCUAGUAUAACAGUUACUGUUUUCUAUGCAUACAUACAUGCAUGUAGAUCCUUUCAGAAGAUAAACUUUCAGGUACAUGUAUUUUAAAUAAAUAUAGAUCAGAUCUCCAAAAUGUUCAGCAACUGAAUUUAUUAAAAGAAAGGUGUGUUGUCAGUGACAUAAAAAAAAGUAUGCUGUUACAUUAAAUAUCUUUAGAUAUGCAAAAUAUAAUAUAUUGCAAGAUUGAAAAAUGGGGUUUUGUUUGUGGGUGGGUUGGAUGUUUUCUUCUGUUUAAAUGAUAAACUGACCUUUCCCUUUCUAUCAUUUUAUUUGAGGUGUAUGUUUUUUUCUUCCUAUUCUGAUCAGAUUUAGCAAAUGUUGUUUGUCAUCCAACCCCACAUGCCUGUCCUCGUCUCAAAUACUACAACAGGUGCUUGAUUUGUGUGCUAUUCACCAUCAAUGUUUUCUUAAUACAUGUAGUAGGUAAAAGACUUGUAUGUACCAUGUAACAGUAAUUUCUAGCUGUUAACAUACAGGCCUGUAUGCAGAGAGUGGGGGGGGGGGGGGGGGGGGUAGGGUACUCAGGCAUGGGCAGAGUGUAACAAGACUCAAGUCCGUUCACAGGAUUCAAGUACCCGUAUGCAACAGGUAAGUACGUACCUCCCCAAAUUACCAAAGGUCCACAUUUUUUCAAUAAAAUUUAAAUAACAUGUAAACGUUUUUUUAAAUUUAUUUAUUGUUUUUUUAUAACUGCUGUUGGUCCCAUCACAAGGAAUUCACACACCACACACACACACACACACACACACACACACACACACACAAUUAAAAAUCCUGCGUAUGGGCCUGACAUGUUAUGUUGCUCCGUCAUUGAAGAUCAAAUUGAACACAAGUUUGCUCAAGCGACUUAAAAGAUGAGUAACAAAUGUUAAGUACAGUUGUGUGGUUCAUGUCAAAAAUUAUCACAUUCAAUGCUUACUAUUUUUAGGUCCAUUUAGUGGGUCAGUUAAAAUUUGUUUUUAAUAACAUCACUAGAGCACAUUGAUUAAUUAGACAUGGGCUUUUGGAUGUGAACCAUUUGGUAAUUCUGACAUGUACAAUGUUAUGUAGUCUUCGGUGAAAACCUGCUACAUUUUUCAUAUUAGCAGCAAGGGAUCUGUUGUAUGCACUUUUCCCCAUAUGGCAGCAUAUACCACAGUAUUUGAUAUUCCAGUUAUGGGGCACAUGCAGGUUUUAAAAAUUAGUAGGCAAGGUGUUGUGUCUGCCUUUAAUAUUAUGAAGUUUUCUGGGGUUUUUUGUUAAAGUGCAGUUCUAAUUUCUCACGGUGAUCAUUUUACACACACACACUGUAAUUUUAUAUAACAUGUAUCCUGAUGAAAAAAACCCCAAUUGGUCUCGUGUUUUGUGCAGAAUUUGAUUAUAUAUUUUGCAACACAUUUUAGCAAUAUCAUGCUCUUAAUAAUGUCUAGUUACUAAUGUGGGUAAUAUUUGCAUGUGUACGUUGUCAAGACUUUAUUCAGAAAAUAAGAUUUCUUUGUACAGCCCUGCUUUCGUUAAAGUGUUCAGGUUUUUUUUAAGUUUUCAUUUGGCAUGUUGAAAAGUUGUAGCUUGCUUGUCGUUUUGUAUUUAGAAUUUGCAGGAUACAUUUAAUUAACUGCAUCCUACUUAAAAAUAAUUGUUGAUGUUCAUUGUUGUUUUCUUCAUUUAACAUUGAAGAAUUCAUAAAAAAUAAUGAUAAUUAAUUUACUUCAUGUGGUUGAUUGUGAUAAUCUCAGUAUUUAGAUGAUAUAGUUAACAUGAUUUUAUGAAGAAGAAAAAUGAUUUUUAUCACCAUCAGUGUUGUUACAAAUAAUGUGCUUUCUAACUGCUUUAAAAAAUAUUAUUGCCCAUAUGGUUAAAAAUAUAUUCAAUAUGUUCAUUUCACAGAGUGCAAGUCAUUUCUUUUCCCCAAUUUAAAAAAAAAAAAAUGAUCAUAAUGAUUAAUGAUGUUCACCCGACUAUUGUAAUUGCCAUGUGUUUGGUGUAUUUUGUAGUUUAAUUGUGAUCAUUAAGAUUUCAAAUAAACUGUUGUUUGUUUUA